GUCGGCGCGGUAGAGCAGGUCGUCAGCCUUGUGCAAAAAGCCAUAGACACCCACGAUGCCUACAAGAAUAACGGAAGCUUGGCCACAAAAGUCCUCAAACAGUACCUCGAGCUCCAGAAAUUGACGGAGAAUGUCGCCAACGUCCCCAUUCACGACCUAGAACCCCUACACAAGAAUGAAGAGACGCGCAGACAAGGAUCUCGCGUAGUUCGUGAGAUACGCUCACAUGCACCGGUAGGCGACGUGUUCAAGCCCAGCUUCGCGGUUGAAUCCAACUCUCCAACAGUGCUCGUUGAUUUGGACUCUUCCGGCGGCGAAAUUGUGCCAGACACAGUAGAGAGAAGGCUAAAGGCGGCUGUUCUGCGCAACGGAACAACCGUGCAUGUAGGGGCAACGGCAGUUGGACAAGCCGGGGUCGGAAAAACAUGCGCCCUACGAGCAAUUGCACAUGAUAGGGAGGUUUUCGCGCGCUUUCCGGACGGAGUGUAUUUUUCAACUCUAGGGCAAGAUGCAAGAGAAGCAGAGCUGAAGCAACGACUCUGCAAUGCUGUCCGCAUCUCUGGGGGACAUGAAAAAGCGGACAAGCUGUCCAAUCUGGCUGAGCUGGACGAGGUGCUAGCAGGGGUUCAAGCUUGGUUUGCAGGCCGUCGAUGCCUGUUCAUCUUCGAUGAUGUAUGGUCGCGCAACAACAAUGACGAGAGGAUCCUGUUUAAACUGUCCAGCCUUGCCAGGACGGCGGUGCAAAAUGGUGAGCCUGCGAGCAGGGUCUUGUACUCCACAAGAGAUCCGACGCUCAUAGAUCUGGGCGAGCAAGUUAAGUUUGAGGCGAGAGAAGGGCGUAGUGCGUACGACAUGCUGAUUCAUGCGAGUGGGGCAUCGCGUGGUGAAGUAGAAGAUCCAAUAUCGAGAGAGGCGUUUGGGGAGAUUCUUGACAUAUGUGCGGGACUACCACUGGCUCUGAAUGUAGCAGGAGUCACUGUUAGCCAAUCACGAGGGUCUCGCGCCGGGGACAUACCAAAGUUGUGGACGUGGUACCUGAAAACGAUCAAAGAGAGUGAAGGGAGCGGGGCAAUCGGCGCGCAGAAAGGAAGGGGCGGGUAUGGGUCGCUUCAUGCAAUGCUGCGCUCGUCUUUACAGUUUCUGGACUCAAGUGGCAGCGAAGGAUCUCCGUGCUUCGCGGAUAUGCACCGGGCAUUGUGUGUCAUGAAGAAACAGGAUGUGAUCCCUCUGGGAGUGUUGAGGGAUCUAUGGGGAACGGGCGAUGUUAGCAUCGCAAGAAAGUAUGCGACGCAGAUGAGCAGUGUAGGAUUGGUUGACAUUCGAGUUCUGGCGAACACGGAAAGCCAAGGGGUAAGUCUUCAUGAUCUUACGCAUGAUUUCGCAGUCUUCGAAGCAGGCCAAGUGGAAGGCCCCGGCUGGACCAAGCACUGGUGUCGAGAGCUGAUUGACAGCUAUCGGAAAGAGAGGGAUGUGCUCGAAGCAGUAGUGGAAGAUCAGGUCCCCAAGGAGGCUAGCGAGGCGGAGGAGGGAUAUUUUUUCGAGAAUAUUUGUCGACUACUUGUCGGGGCUGAGCUGAUGAAAGAGCUGGGCUGCUUGCUUCUUAGUAGCAGGUGGAUAAUGAAGGUGUUGCUAAGAAAAGCUGUGUGGCAGCUGGUAGAAGCGGUGGAGGAGUUGAGGAAGCUUGCUAGUGAGAAACCAGAAGCGAUUGCAAGUGAGCAGUUGUCUGCAAUAGUUCUGGUGAUGCAAGCUGCGCGGCUGAGUGUAUCGUUUUGCGAUGAGAGCGUUGCCGGUAUCUGCUUUCAGCUUUACAGCAGGACAAUGCACAAACGGGGCGUGAAGAGCGUGGAGAGCUUCUUGUUGGACAUCGAGAAGUUUGCGCCCAGACCGUGGAUACUCCCAAUACGUUCAUGUCUAACUGCAGCUGGGGGGAGGUUGCUGGAGACCUUUCACACGCGCGAUUCAUAUGUUAAGAAGGUGAUGUUCGAUUCGGACGGCGCGGUCGUUGGACUGGGGUAUGAUCCCGAUGAGGGGAGCGAAGAUGUGGAAGUAUUCAAGAGUACCCAACACGGGGCAUUUAAUAAAACGGUUUGCGGCCCUUUCAGAUCAGAGGACGAAGGGGCUCUGAGCCGAACGGGAAGCGAGACACAAAUGGCUCGGACGAGUCAAGCAGCGGCAGAAGGCCAAAGGCCAACGGCUAGGACGAGUCGAGCAGCAGCAGAAAGUCGGCAUCCGACACAACGAGGCGCCUGGAUCAGGACUGUGGGAAAGAUGCUUAGCGAAAGAAUGGCUGCCUGCUGCUCUUGCUUUCGCCGGGCCCCUGAGAAUGACCGUGCCGAUGGCGGCGCUGACGCUGACGUGUCUGAUGACGGCACAUCACGCGUGACAGGUAGUGACAGUGCCGAUAGCGUGACGCCUGGCGUACCCUUCGUAACAGCCGCUUGUCUCUCUGCGGACAGCACCCGUGCUGUUAUCGGAUUCAGCAAUGGGGAUUUGAUUUCUUGGUGCACCAGAGAACAUGAGCUUGUUCAAUCCUUCAAAGGCCAUUCCGAUCAGAUAUACGAUGUCGUAAUGAGCGGUGACGGGAAACGGAUUGCGUCGGGGUCACGUGACAAGACGGUGCGAGUAUGGGACGCUGAGACGGGACGUCAAAUCGGCGACACGAUGACCGGGCACACGCUUUGGGUGAGGAGUGUGUCGAUGAGCGGGGACGGGAAACGGGUUGCGUCGGGGUCAGAUGACGAGACGGUGCGAGUAUGGGACGCUGAGACGGGACGUCAAAUCGGCGACACGAUGACCGGGCACACGGAUUGCGUGAGGAGUGUGUCGAUGAGCGGGGACGGGAAACGGGUUGCGUCGGGGUCACGUGACAAGACGGUGCGAGUAUGGGACGCUGAGACGGGACGUCAAAUCGGCGACACGAUGACCGGGCACACAGGUUUGACGAGUGUGUCGAUGAGCGGGGACGGGAAACGGGUUGUGUCGGGGUCAUAUGACAAGACGGUGCGAGUAUGGAACGCUGAGACGGGACGUCAAAUCGGCGACACGAUGACCGGGCACACGAGUUGGGUGAGGAGUGUGUCGAUGAGCGGGGACGGGAAACGGCGCGUCCGGGUGUCUCUGAUUUGCAGUGGAAAGCGUGGCCGGGUGUCUCUGACAUGGACCAAAGCUGCGAAACGAAUGCUCAUGAAUUUGAAGGCCGCGUACAGCCCUUGGACGCAUUCGGCAUCGCUAGGCGCGAGGGCAGAGCAUUUGUCGAACAGGGAGAUGGUACCGAAAUCACUCUGGCAGACUUUGGAAGUCCAGUUUCCACCUUCGACAUGGACGUGGAGCGCGGCACUGUAGCCGUUGGCAUGAAGAGUGGCAUGUUUGGCAUCCUGACAGUUGUGACUGCGUAACAUCCGAGGCGGUAGGAGACAGGCUCGUCGCCGCGCUUUUGCUUAUCACACCAUUGAAAUGGCUGCGUCGUAAGUGACGCAGUUGGAAGUGUCUUGGGACGUUCCCGUUACAGUGAGUAGUACGUGCACACCCGUGUUGCAUGCACUAAAAGUGCAGUACUCCCGGAAGGUCGUUGCGCAUUUACAGUAAAUAUCUGGUGUCUUUCUUUAGGA